AUGUUUAAUGAAGUGCUGGAGUGUCCGUUAACCCGUGAGCGCUUCGUUGAUCCUGUCAUUGCUGAUGAUGGGCAUACUUACGAACGAUCGGCUAUUAUUCAAUGGUUGACGGGAGCGUGUACUAGUCCAAUGACGCGGCAGCCAAUAUCACUUGACUCAUUACGUCCGAAUUACCUAGUGAAACAAAUCCUAGAGAUAGAACAACAAUCGGCAAGACAAAAUUACAAAUUCAAACUGAAUGUCGACGUGAAAAAGAAAGGAAAUAGACCCUUGUUUCAAAAUGGUGGUAAAUUUCUGUACGAAGCGCAGUGGUUAAACAAUCUGCAAGGACCCGACAUCGUUCUCUUGCAAAUUCGCGGUGCACGGGCUCUGAAAGAAGCAUCAUUCUACGUUCAACUGAGUCGACAUCGAAACAUUCUGCGCACAUUCGGUUUUGUCGAAGCCAACGAUGAGCAAAGCGUUGGAGUAAUGUUGCUUCAAGAAUAUGCACCCAUGGGAGAUCUCGCCGAAACGCUAAUAAACGAACCACUGGUACCAAGCGAUCAGCGAGUUUUCUACGAAAUAUUUCUUCAAAUCGCUGAUGCCAUGAGCUAUCUGGCCCAGAAGCAUAUUGUUCAUGGCGAUCUAGCUUGCCGAAAUAUUCUUGUGUUUCAGUUUGAUCCGAAUGAUUCCAAUCUGAAUCUUGUCAAAUUGACUGACUUCGGAUUGACACGGGAGAGUGCACUUUAUCAGACGAAUAGCAAUGCAACAUCAACUGUGUGUAAUUUUCCUCUUCGAUGGAGUGCGCCGGAGAUACUUCGGAAACCAAACAGCCGGGAAUCAUACACAGAAAAGUCUGACAUGUUUUCAAUGGGCGUUCUUAUGUGGGAGGCUGUAUCGAAGGGAGCGCUUCCUUGGGAUGAAUUGGAAGACGAUCGAAUAAGAACGAAAGUAUUGGCUGUUUCACCACGUGUGCCAACAUCGACGCCCACUGCUGCAACUCCGGCAAGAUGGUCACCGCCGUCAAACAUUGUUCUCCGUGAUCCGCGCAAUGAAAAAAUGAUCGCCAAAUGUAAAGGCAGUUCCAUUUCGUUAGGAUCACGUGGUUUGGUUGACAACGACUUGAAAAUCAUUAUCGAAUACGGGAUGACUAAUUCAAAAUGCACUAUACUCGACUUGAGUGAAAAUAAUAUUACGUCAGCCGGUGCCACCUUGAUUGCGUCGGCGUUCGAAUUUGCACCAAAUCUCCGUAGAUUGAACCUUUCUAAAAAUAUCAUCGGAGACGCCGGCGCACACGCUAUUGCAGUAGCACUCGGUAAUACUAAUCUUACUCACCUGAUACUCGACGGCACUUGUAUAAAGAACAAAGGCGCUGUGGAUCUUGCCGCAAAUCUGUGCCGAAAUCGAACAUUGACUCAUCUAAUGGUGACAGGCAAUCUUAUUACAGGCUCUGCCGUUGACCGCUUGCAAACGGCUGCUGCGCAUCAUCCCAGUCUCAGGCACGUGUUUAUCGAAGAAUGGUCUUAUUCAUAUUCUUAG